AUGUCGCAGUAUACUAUUCACACCUCACAACUAUUUGACCCCAAACAGAAGAAAGUCCUGGACAAUACCAGCAUCGUCGUCGAUCGACAAACGGGCAACAUCGUCAAAUCUUACCGGCGAGAAACAGACGAAGAAAUAUCUUUAACAGCAUCUGAAGAUGUCGUUGAUUUACGAGGGAAAUUCGUGAUGCCUGGUUUCGUUGACGCGCAUACCCAUAUCUUCCUUCACUCUUAUGACGAACGCCCUUCCUUGCAGCAAAAACGGGAUGAAAGCGUAGUCGAGCGGGUCGUGAGAGCCGUCAACCACUGUCGCAUUGCACUUUUAGCCGGUUACACAACUUAUCGCGAUCUUGGCAGUGAAUCACUAGGUUCAAUGGAUGCCAAUAUACGUGACACCAUUUCUCGUGGUUUGAUCCCGGGCCCUCGGCUUUUCGUAGCUACGAAGGUUUUGGCAAGCACGGGCUCAUACGAAUCGCGUACUGAGAAUGCCUGCAAUGGGGUGUGCUUGCCUCAGGGUAGUGAACCUGUGGAUGGUCCGGCUGAGGCACAAAAGGCCGUUCGCAGAAGGAUUGCCGAAGGUGCGGACGUUAUCAAGUUUUUUGCCGACUAUCGCCGUCGAAUUAUGCGGUUCCCACCAGCUCAACAACAUCCAUAUGUGCACAGUGUGACGCAUCCACCCGAAGACCCGAACCCAGACGUGUUACUGUUCCACCAGGAGGAAAUGGACAUGAUCGUUAAAGAAGCCAAGCUUGCCAAGUGCCCCGUUGCCUGCCAUGCCGGUACAAUUGAAGGUGCUAUGGGGGCUGUAAAGGCCGGUGUCAACACUAUCGAGCAUGGCUAUUUCGCGAACGAGGAACUAUUUCAGCUCAUGAAGGAAAAAGGAACCAUCUUCGUGCCGACACUAGCAGUCUGUGAAAAUCUACACAAGAAGCGCUUCUCUGAGAUAUUGAAGCAGACCAAGCUCGCUUAUGACAUUGGUGUCCGUCUUGCCUGUGGUGGUGAUACGGGCACUUAUCCUCACGGAGACAACGCACGAGAAAUGGAACUAAUGAUUGAAGCUGGAAUCCCCGUUGAGGAAGUGCUUGAAAUGUGUACUGUCGGAGGUUGGGAAAGUUGUGGCGGAAAUCUUUGUGGAUUCAAGUUCGGCUGGUUUGAGGAAGGAUGCAGAGCAGAUAUUAUUGCUUUGGGUUCAAACCCCAUGGAUAAUAGGAAGGCAUUAAGAGAUGUUGAUUUUGUCAUGAAGGAUGCCAGAAUCUGGAAGUUGAACGGGGAAGCUUACCGUAUGGUAUGA